AUGGCCUCCAGCGAACAAGAAGGCGAUUUCUCGAAUGUCUCCUGGAGCGAGCAUGUCCACGAACAAACACACAAGAACCCCACCACGCCAGACGCAGAAGACACUGGGCAUACCCUCGAUGGACCGGGCGCGACUGUCGAGCAUGAACCACACCCGCUGGGCGGCGAACGUCUAGAAUGCACAGUCGACACGCCGAUCAAGGAGAAUGAUGGGACAAAGGACGCUUUUGUGUCGUAUCUCAUCACCACCAGCUCCACCUUUCCCUCCUUUGCGCGCGAGCAUUUCUCUGUGCGACGCCGUUUCACCGACUUUGUCUUCCUCUACAAGACCCUCAACCGUGACUUCCCCGCCUGCGCCGUCCCGCCUCUCCCGGACAAGCAGCGCAUGGAAUAUGUCCGCGGGGACCGCUUCGGCACCGACUUCACCCUCCGUCGGGCGCACUCGCUGCAGAGGUUCCUCGCCAGGCUGAGUCUGCAUCCGUCGCUGCGUAGAUCGCCGAUGCUGCACUCGUUCCUCGAGAGCCCGGACUGGAACGCGACAAUGAAGAGUCGCGGCGCACGGUCGAGCAGCGGCGACGCCGCUAGCGGUGCCGCCGGCGUGUUUGACAACUUUGCGGACACCUUCAUCAAUGCGUUUACAAAGGUGCACAAACCGGACAGGCGCUUCCUCGAGGUCAAGGAGAAGAGCGACAAGUUGGACGAGGAUCUGAACCACAUCGAAAAGGUCGUCGCGCGUGUCGCGCGGCGGGAGGCUGAUCUCGAGACCGACUAUCACGACCUGGCAGAGCAGUUCCAGAAGCUCAUCACCCUUGAGCCUGGCGUCGAGCCCGCCGUGCACGGUUUCGCAGCCAGCAUCCAGGACUCGGCGGCACAUCUGCGCCGUCUCCACGAUGUCACGGACCAGGACUACCUGGGGUCGCUGCGGGACAUGCAGGCCUACAGCCUGAGUCUACGCAACCUCCUCAAGGCGAGAGAGCAGAAGCAACUGGACCACGAGCAGCUGAUCGAGUACCUCAACAAGUCCACGACGGAGCGUGAUUCCCUGCAAGGGCACGGCGGCCACUCAUACUCUGGUGGUUCCUCGGGACCCGGGGGCUUCCUGCGGAACAAGAUCGAGGACGUACGCGGUGUAGACCACGAGCAGGCACGCCGUGAGCGAGCACGCAAACUAGAGAUGCGCGUCGAGGAACUGACUGCCGAAGUGGAGCGUGCCAGGGCGACGAGCAACCUCUUUGAUGACGAGGUUGUCCGCGAAGUCGGCGACUUUGAACGGAUCAAGCGGAUUGAGUUCAAGGCCCAGCUUGGCGGUCUGGCGGAUGCUCACGUUCAAUUUUAUGGCGAGGUCGGUAGUCUAUGGGAGCAGUACGUCAAGGAAAUGGAGCGACAAGGCGUUGAGGCUUGA